AUGAUAAAAUAGAUUUCAUUUCUAGUGUUGAAUUUGUAAAAAAAACUUAGUGUCGAGUAAUAAUUGGAGCGAAACGAGUAAAAAUGAUUUUCGUUCUGUUUUUUCUAGCUUUUGUGACCAUCAAUUUGGUGAAUGCCAAGGAGCAAGUUGCGUUGGAAAAAUAUUCUCCUCGUAUUGUAGGUGGAAAAGCGACAACAGUCGAACGAUUUCCAUGGCAAUUGAGCAUUCGAAACAAUGGAAAUCAUCGAUGCGGUGCAUCGAUUAUCUCAGAAAAUCGCGCUUUGAGCGCAGCACAUUGCUAUCGACCAUAUUCCGAUAAGAUGCAUGAACUCACAGUACUGGCUGGAUCUACAUCGCGUUUUGGCGACGGUGGCAGUUUUAUUAUUGGCCUAGAUAAAUAUAUUCAACAUCCAAAUUAUGACAACGCAACACUGGCAAAUGAUAUCGCCGUACUGUGGCUGCAACGCAAAUUGGUUUUUAGCUUAAAAAUUCGCCCAGUUAAUAUACCGAAGCAAAACGCGCCGCUUGUUUAUGGGUCAACGGCUUUGGUAUCAGGCUGGGGUUAUCGUCGACAGAACCAACCGUCGAGUGUAGCCGAUAUACUUCAGUACACAUCAAUUACCGUAUUGCCAAGUAUAGUCUGUUCGAAUGCAUACGACAAGUGGUUUAAAGAAAGUAUGUUCUGUAGUGGCGUCGUUGGGGGCGGUAGAGAUGCUUGUCAAGGUGACUCCGGUGGUCCUCUCACAACGAAUGGCCUUCAAAUCGGCAUUAUAUCUUGGGGCACUGGUUGUGGUGAUCCGAAAUUCCCAGGAGUUUACACAAACAUUGCACUGUUUCGUAAAUGGAUUGAUAGUGUUCUAUAAAGUGUUUCUGUAAUAAAAACUGAAUGAAAUUCCAAACGAACAAACAUGUUUAU